UUUCAAUGGAGAAAAAAACAAUAGCGGCGAGCUUGCAUGCCGAAGAAAAUGUAUAACCAUUAUAACCAAACGAAAGCCAACGCUGGACUUAAGUGACUGUUUAUGAAGGGCAAAGAAAAUCAGACAGCGGAAAGUAGUUUGCACCGUUACUGUAGUUAUUUUACCUGUUUUUCCUGCAGGCCGCGAUGUUUCCCAGGUUGCCGUUUCGCAGCGGAGAGAACCAUCAAUUCAACAUGCCUUGUCGCCCCGGCCAGGAACAGGGUCCCGAUUAUAUCCCAUAUGACCAUCCCGGGACAAUGGAUGUUCAAAUCGGACCUCCACCCAGUGCUCACAAUAUGGCAGGAGAAGUAUGGUAUCAGGGAGUUAUCUCUGGAGUCAAGAAGUCUUUUGGGUUCAUCGAAAGGGCGGAUAUAGCACAGGAGAUCUUCUUUCACUACACUGAAUUUUGUGGGAACCCAGAGACCCUGGUGGUAGGAGAAAAUGUGGAGUUCACUAUUGCUAAGGUUAAAGGAAGAGAAGUAGCCGUGGGUGUACGGCUGCUGCCAAUGGGAACAGUUAUUUUGCAUGACAUCAGUGUCAAGUGGUUUGAAGGGACGGUCAUCAGAAUCAAAUCUUUGCCAGGCUGUAUCCGAGCGACGAUUAACUGCACCAAGGAGCUGUCCUUCACAGUCAAUGACAUCAGGACGAAGGCAACACUGUUGGAGGGUGAUCAUGUGCAGUUUAACGUGUCUAUUGACCGGCGUAACAAACUGGAGCGAGCUACAAACAUUGAAAUCUUGCCAGACACUUUUCAGCACACUAAUGAAAUCCGACAAACGGGCUUGGUAGUCGCAAUGAAUAGUGACUUUGGGUUCAUCAAGUGUUCUGACCGCAAUAUUUCCAAGAUGUUUUUCCCGUACAGUGAGAUUCUGGGGGAGGUCCAACUGAAACCUUCAGACGUCGUGGAGUUUACAGAAAUCCCUGACAAGUUUUCAGAAAAAUGCUUUGCAGGAAGGAUUAAGAAGCUCCCCACACGCCCCUCAGAAAUAGUGUCCAUGGAGCGCUAUGUGGGUGUAGUGAAGGAGGAAGCCGUACUCACCGCCUUUGAAGCCCCCAUUCAGGGCAAAGAAAAGGAUGUGGUGAGCGGUUUUAUUACAUACGAAGAACAUGGUAUGGCAUUGACUGUUCCGUACUACAAAAAUGAUUUAGAAGGGUCUGCCUGUCCACAGACUGGGGAUAAGGUUGAGUUCAGUAUCUGUAAGAUGCUGGAAACGGACCAGCGGAGAGCGGUGCAGGUGACAAUCUGGCAAUGGAAUGACAAUGCUGGCCUCCAUGGCAAUGCUAGUCAAGAUCAGGAGAUGUUCCAGUAUAGUGAGGAAAAUCAGGAGCACUAUAACAGAGGCCCAUCAUCACAAGUGGCAUAUCCCUCAGUUGAACAGGGAGACAUUGGCUACCCCUGGGAGGGGGGCCACUGCACCUCGUGGCAUGAGGAGGAGUCUGGCAGAAGCAGCAGGGAAAGGGACGAAGAGACCAUACAACACAGGGGCAACCUGUGGCCUGAAAUGAGAGGAUGCAGCUCUGAGAGGCCCCCUGAACAGAUCGAGAGGAGCAGGAGCUGCAGUCGCACCCCGCCCUCCCGACAGUUCGACAGUAACACCAGUGCGAGUUUGCGGGAGGUGGAGCUGGCCCGCAAGAGGAAGCAAAAGGCAGAGCUGGAGCUGGAGAUCGCUCAGCGGGAAAUGGCUCUAACAGCAGAGUACGGAAUUUCGAGGCAGGCUGUACAACUGACAGAGGCUCCCAAUCGUGGGCAGCUCCCACACAAUGUACACACUCCGAAGGACAAGUUUGAAUCCACAGCUAGGGGGAAACUUGAGGAGGAUUACAGUGGAAUCUCUUCAUCUCAAGGCAGAAAUCCUUUAAAUCACAGGCGAGACAUUGAUUGGGGGAGACCACGCAUACAGUGUUGGCAAGAGGAAGGGUCCAGCGGAAGCAAUCUGGAAAUGGACAGGGAGACCAUGCACUCCACUGUCAUUCAAGAACCCCAAAGCAGGGCUUACAGCUCGGAGAGCUUCCAGCAGCACGAACCCAACAGGGACCGCAGUCGUAGCCCGCCCUCCUGCCAUUUCAACAGACGAACUGGCGAGGAAUACCGGGAGUUAGAGCUGGCACACAAAAUAAAAAAGCUGGAAGAGCUGGAAUGGGAGAGGGCUGGAACAAGAAGGUAUGACAUUUCAGGACUUCCCAGCCGGGCCACUGAAGAUGUCAAAUGUGGACCGGUCCAGACCGAUGAAGGGUCGCCAAUGCCCAAGAAGUCGAUUCUGAAGAAACCGAGUGAGCCCGAUGUGGAUCCAGCCAUUGGUAUUGAGAGCAGUGAUGACUCCAGACAACCCCCGGUCUCUACACAGACGAAGCGCUUCCUCAGUGCACUCAACAGAUGUCUUGGCUCUGGCCUCUUCUCCUCUCGGCUCAGAGAAGCAAGGGAGGAGACCCAGCGACAGAUCUCUGAUGACUCUGUCCACUGUGAGAACCGGUCUAAAGGUUCAACUGAAAAUCCUGAGGAGAGCAUUUGUGAAUUCCUCCUCCCACAUGAGAGGAUCAGUCAGGAUGACACUGGGUUUUCCAGAGUUUUAGGAAUUAUGGGCGAUAAUAACCCUAGCCCACGUGAAAAGCGGUGGCAUUCUCCCGAUAUUGAAGAUGAGGAGAAAUUUCUCUAUGGAGAGGGCAAAGAGAAGUCAUUAGGUCAGACAUCCACCCCCCAAUCCCAGUCUAAAGUAGUAGCCCAGUCUGAGAUUGGCCAUUGUCCGGUCGGUCGAUCUGGAAUUGCCCACCGUCAGAUGAGCCAGCCAGGGGUGGACCACCUGCUACGUAGAAAACCUGCAGAUGGCACGCAACAAAGAACGACUGGCAUUGGUGGUCUGAGGAGCAAGAUUGCACCAAGCAGCCAUCAAGAAAUACAGCCUGGGAAUUUGAAUCGGCCUCAAGAAAGCAAGUCAGGGACUGGUCCACCUCAAAUGAGACAACCUGACAGUGUUGGAAGUCAGCAGAGACAACCUGUGGUUGACCAUAAUCCACCAAAGCCUACUGAAAAGGACCGGGAUGCCCCUGCUGUAGAUGAGCCUCAGGAUUCGCAGGAGUUUGAGAGAAUUCAAAAUCUGCUUAAAACAAUUGGUCUCGAUAUUGGAGAGGCUGAAUUCAGCAAGAUGGCAGCGCGGACUCAGGAACGUCUUUAUGGAAAGAAACCAGCAGCAGGGUCUUCUCGUCGUUCCGAAAGAGAGAGAGAACUCAGGGGAGUGGCAAGGAGGAGCUGGGAGACGCAUCGCAGCCCAACCAAGUCUCCUGAGUCAGAUUACAACCGCUCCAUCUCUCCAUCCCCAACUAGACGGCCGUCAUAUGAGUACUCCAGCAAAGAGGAGGGAAAAGAGUUGAAGCAGAUUCAAAGACUGGGGGAAAACAAGCACCCUCCAGCACCACAUUCUGAAUUUCAGCUUCAACAAGCUGGAUACAGUCAGUAUGGAAACUACAUGGACACCUGUCCAUCACAGGAGCCUCAUUCCAGUACUUCAGUUCACGAGUCCAAUCUGCGAGUCAUUGAAGCAGUGUCUCUCAAUGAGAACAGAGUUCAGCAGAAGUCAUCCAACAGAAUGAGUCUAAAGGUUUUAGGGGAAGCAGAGAGACUGACACAAGAAGAGGAAGCCCGUUUGAAAAAAAAGGAAAAUAUCAUAAUGGAACUGGAGAGACUGCAAAAGCUGCAAGCAGCUUCAGGAAGCUUGGCGCAGAAUCGCAGCCACACCGAAUCUCCAGACCCCUCCCCAGGCAGUUGGACUCCACAUGGUGAAUGUUCCUCCUCCUUGGUAUCAGUGCAUGCCAACAAACCGGAGGGAAAACAGUGGUGGGAGAAGCCUAGUCCUGUAGUGUUGUCAUCUGCCCCUACUGGCACCCCCUCACCCACUGUAUUUAUAACCCCCAACCCUCCAGCUCCUCAACCUAUUAACUUUGCACCCUCUCCUCAACGUGUUAACUUCCUUCCUCCGUCCCAUUCAGCUCCACAACAUGUUGCUUUUAUGCCCCAUGCAGUACCUCAGCACCUUCCCUUCCCACCACAGGCAGGUGCAUGCUCUCUGCCAGCGUACUCUCAGUACCCACCUCAACCUGGCCAUGGACAGUAUGGAAACUACACCCCUGCCAAUCCCAUGCCCCAAGGCUGGCCAGUGUACCCACCCCAAUCACAUGGGCCUCAUCCAGGCUCCCACCACGGUGCUCCAGAACGCGGUCCUUCGUUUGUCAAGCAGAAGAGAUUUAACCCGCUGGCUGUGCGCAAUCUCAGCGUCCUUAAAGCUGUGGCUGUCAAUAAAAACGAAGCAGAGACCAAAGGAAAAAAACAAAAGAAAAGUGGGAAAAAAAACUUGCAAUAAAAAAGGUAUGUUUUUAUAUUUUAAUCUUAAUUUGUCAGUUAAGUCCAAAAGCCUGAUCUGUCUGUCUUUUUUUCUACCCGUUCUAAUAUAUAUAUAUAUAAAUAAAAUAUUCAAAUUUGCAGAACUUUAACUGUCUCUGGACAUAAUUAUAUUAUUUGAAGUAAUUGUAGGUUAUGUAGUUAUUUUUCUAACUUCUCUAAAAUGUUACACUAACAGCUACAGGAAGCAUAUGUGGCAGUGAAGGAUGAAACCUAAAGCAUUUGUGUAUUUUUUUUGAUAUAACAAAAUUGUUGUUAAAGUCAGUAUUCAUCAAAACCGCUAAAUGUCUUAAUCGUAGACUUUGAGUUUUUCCUGAUCACUUCACAGUCAUCAUUUUGCUACUAGCCAAGACUUGAAUUCCAGGACAGUGUAAGCUCAUGUGUACAGCAGCAAGGUCCACCUUCUGUGCAGGGUUGUUGCACCUUUGCCUUGGUUGCCUGAGACUGACAUGCUGCCGUAGAUAAUGAAUCAGAUUAGGAGUCUGGACCAGGCCACCCCCCAUCACUGGCUUUCAUUUCUUACUAGUAAUUACAGUGUAUUUUGUAUCUUCAUCAUGUGCUGGUCAUUGUAAUGAUUCACAAUGACUGCCAAGCAUAUUGUCUGGUCUUGCCUUCUCUUUUGUUGCUAGAACAUGGGCGUCAUUUACACAGGCACCGAGGAUGACACGUGCCCCCCACUUUUUCAUUAUUAGGUGAUUGUUUUAGAAGAACUGUUGCCUAAGUUAUACCAGCCAUCCUCUUUACCCCACACUAUUGAAACCAAAUUUGGGCUCGUGUGUUGGACCUUACUGUAUGUUGUUGACACUACCUGAUUAUCAACAGGCGAAUCUGAAAAGAUGUAUAUGAGACACAACAUAUUGGCUACCAUCUGAACUAUUGUGCUGGUGGCUGACUGCAUGUUGUGAAAUAAUGGAUAUGAAAAUACUUUGUUUUUAUGAUUUAUCUAUUACACUGCUUGCAAGAAAAUGUUUACACGAUGGUGUAUGUUGUGGCAAAACAAGACAGCCUACUGGAGAUUUAAAAAAAAAAAAAAAUCUUCGGUUUAUUCCUCUUGUGUUAAGGUUGAUUUAGAAAUUGUAUAAGGAUCUUCUCACAGUAAGGCAUGGGGUCAGAAUGUGAGAAGUUUCAAAAAUCGAUUUGUUAAAACAACUAGAAAGAGCAGCCUAUUGAGUUCAAUCUUUCUCUGAAAGUAGAGUUGCUAGACUUUUGUUAACAGUGCCUAGGAAAAACAAAUAGUGGAAGAAUGUUUAGGGGGGUGUAAAGCAUUUUUAAUUUCAUGAUAAUAGUAACAUGUUUGACAUGAACAGGACUGCUAAAAAGGGAGGAGGUUCUGUGCCUAGUUCCAUUUAUGUUUUAAUGUCCUCUGUAGGCUGUUCUGUUUACAGGGUGCAAAAAUUGUAAUGCAAUAUUUAUGUAUUGUGCUUUACAAUAUUGUAUUUUUUUUUUGUCUAUAGCCUUCCAUUAUAUAGUUUGUACAAAAUAUUUAGUUUUGUUAUUCACAAUCUGUUAGCAUGCAAGUUAACAAAUAUUGUAAUUAUUUUGUUUUAAUGUAAAUGCGCAGGCUCUGAAUAGUACAGAUAGGUGAAAUGGACCAACAUUGGGUGUUUUAAAAAGAGACACGUUACGGCUACAUUAAAACUGAGGUGAUGUCGAGUUCUUUCAGUUGUAUUCAUGCACAGAUUGUGUUCAGGCCAGGUUUCAACUUUCAUUUGGUUUAAAGUAAAUAGAAAUAGAUUUGGUCUGUGUAUAAGUCUUUGAAUCACAGGCAAGAGAAAAUGGACCUGGUUAAAAACCAUUCGCUCACUCUUUUCUUAAUUGAACAUCCUGUUUUUUUUCUUAGUUUUGAAGAAAAAAAUAUAUUUUACUUUUAGAAAAACAAAUGCAGACAUUGCACUGGAGCAGAAACAUAACUCACUGCAGUGUCUUCACCUAGACACUACAUACUUCCAAGCAAAUCUGCCAAGUGCAGCAUGCGUUUUUAAUUUGGAAUAUUGUGUGCAAUGAAGUAAAAUGUAGUAUACUUUAAUACUGUAAUUGCUGUAUACUGUAAUAUUUGGAAGACCUGGAAAAUUAAAACAUGUUUUACAAAUGA